AUUAACGGUGAUGCAGUGAUAAUUUUACUUUUCUGUUAUAUAAAUGUUCUAGUUAAAAAUACGGCGAUACGGAAUUUUUUUAAUAAAAAAAUAACGAAAUACAAUACAUUUUGGACACGUUCCAUUAUCAAUUAUCAUGGAAUAUCCUAUGUUAUGAUUAUUGCAAUAGUAGCAUUGAUAGUGGAGACAACGGUAGAAAAAUGCAGAAAGCUGAGGUUAGCAAGCAGCGUACUGGAGCAGUUGAAAGGAAAAACACUUGAGUUUCCAAUUGCUGUCAUUUUGGGCAUGAAACAUUGGCAGGGAGGGGAACAGUUACAAAAUGACUUUCAGAAGCUUGUAAACUUGACAAAUGUGGUUAAAUAGCAAUGCUUUUGAACUAGGGAUUGAAUUUUAAAUUCUGCUACAUUACACAUAAGGAGGUGUCUUAGUCUAUAAGAAUAAUCUUGAAGAGCCAAUAUAUACAAAUAAACCAAAUACAAUACAAUAAUUUCAAGCUUUUGAGAAAAUAAAAAAUUUCAAAAUAGCAGUGUGAGACUUCCAGCAUAGGGUUUAUUUCUUGUAAAUGAAUACAGAUAAUAUCAUUUGACCAUAGUUCCCUAUCUCUCUCUAACUUGAUGCCUUGCAGAUGUUUUGGAGAUGUGACACAGCCUUCCAUUCUUCUGACGGUUGAAAUGAGGAACCAGAUUGUUGAGAACAAUAUGGUUGCAUUUGUAAACAGCUCAGAGAGUGCUGUAAAGCAAUGUGGAGCCGUAUAUAAGUGCUAUUGCUAUUAUAACAGCACCUCUACGAAGAAGUCGUCCAUAGUUUGAAAGAUUCAGUUAAAUGUAAUGGGGCUUUGGAAGAGUUUAACACAGUAAUGAAUCUUUUGCAAGAUUGUCUAUGAGGGCUUUGAUGUUUGUUUUGGAAAUCUUUAUUCUAACCUUUAUUGUUAACUAUCAUGACAUUUACAGCUGGAUUGUUUGUGUUUUGUUUUUAAAGAUUUUACGACUUAGAAUAAGCACAACAUUGGCAUUUUAAAACCUAGGAAAACUUUUCUCUCUCCACUCACCAUCACAGUUCUCUGUUAUUGGAUAUGAUUAAAAUUAAAGGUAAUCUUAGAAUAAAAGAUAGAAAGGACUUUGUAUUCAUUCUCUGAUGGCCAGUUACUUCAGUAAGAGCAAUUUAUUGCAGUGUGUCAUCUGUGGCCUUAUUUGAUGUAAAAAAAACCCUCAUAGAGUUCAGACCGUUAUUUUAAUUCAACAAAUAACUUGUAGCCACAAGAGAUUAAAACUGUAGUUUGCCAGAAAAAAAAACAUUAGAGUAGCUAAUCUAUUGGAAAUUGAAAAUAGUAAAUUACUUAUGAUUAUUUAUUAUAAAUUACUGAAUUUGCAGCCAGUUGUCUUGCAUGCAGCUAGACACAAAGCUAAUUUCCAAAUAGUUGAUGGAGGGUGCUUGAAAUUUGAAAUGUUUAUACCUAAUUAAAGGGGAUUAGUAUCCAUGUUGUAUUUUUUGAAUACCAUAAUUUCAUUUUUGGCCACAUAGAAGUGAAAUUAUUGAUAACCAUAGUUAGGUUAACUUAAGCUAAUUGUUUUCCUUUUUCCCUUUUCUUUUUAAUAAAAUAAAGGCUCAGCAUGGUUGAAAAUCACCAGCCCCCAUUGCCUGAAAGAGCUAUAUAUGGUUUUGUUCUUUACUUGGGCUCCCAUUUGCCUUUAAUUCUGUAUAUUGUGUGGGCCUACAUACCUGAAUCCUGGCUGUUCUCGUUGGGCUUAACAUACUGGCCUCAAAAAUUCUGGGCUGCUGCAUUGCCUGUGUAUCUUUUAGUUGCUGUGGGAAUAGGCUAUGUACUCCUCUUUGGUAUUAACAUGAUCAGUACAGCUCCACUGAAUUCUACAGAAACUAUUACAGAUCAUUAUGCAAAAAAUCAAAAACAGAAAAUACCACAAGAAGAAGCAAUUCCUGCAUUAAGAGAUAUCCUAUUAAUGAAGUAAAUAAAUUUUUUUUUCUUAAUAGCAAAGAGAAUUAAUCUAGAAGCUCAUGUCAGAAAGUAUGAAAGACAAUAUAGAAAUAUUGACAAUAGGGUGCCUAAACACUUGACUUCAGACUGCUUACAUAAUUAGCCCUAAAAUAUAACUGUAAUAGUUAAACAGCAUUUUAAGGAUUAGGUGGAGCCUCUUGGGGCAUUGUAUUUCCAAAACUUUAUUCAUUCAUCCUAGUCUAUGUUGCUUUUUUCUUAUACAUUGCAGAUAAAGUUUUCAUUUGUUCUCUCCUACAGCUGAUAACUGUAUUCUAAAUUAUUUGAGAAAAGUAAUUACCCCUGUGAAGUUCUGUUGACAAAUCCUGUUAUGUAUUUCUCUCUUUAUGUCAAUAUAGGUAGUAUAUUACAUGACAGUGAAUUGAGCCACUUCUCAGUUGUGUUCUGUUUUGUAUAUUAACUGGACUAUGUAUUAUUUAAGGAUAUGUUCCAAGAGCUAAUACAUAAAACUACCAAAUGUGGUGGCUGUUUCUUUUAACAAGGUAUACCAUGUAAAAUUAUGAUCAUGUUUAUAAAGCAGCUUAGAUAAGUGCAUAAUAGAAAAGUUAUGCUGGAUCUGGCCCAGAAUCAUUACCCUUAGACAUUUAGAUGUGAUUUUUCUUCCAUGUGCAUAGAAACAUUAGCAGCUAAAGUAAACAAGAUUCAGAUUUUUAAAUUUAUAGAUACUGAAUGUAUUCCAAUGUGAAGUAAUACUAUAAAUAAUUUCAAUUGAAAUGCA